UAUGAUUACAAUAAUUAAUUUGAGCUCAUACUGGUAUUACUGUUUCUUAUCCGCAAUGCUUAUCAGCAAACGACACUAAUAUGAUCGGUAAAUGGUGUCGGUAUUCUUCAUUCUAUUUUGCUGCUUAUCAUUAAGCCACUGGACGUUAUUUCUUCUCCAUCCAGGUUUGCAUAAUGUUCCACGUGGGACCAAAUCUGUAUAGCCGAAUCCUAAAGCCGUUGGUAAAUUGUACUAUGUCGCAACGCAAUAAUUACAUAGAAACAAAAGUAAAACUUAGUGACGGCAUCACCAUCAAUUAUGUACAAACGGGCAAAGGGGACAAAAACGUAUUGAUAAUGCCUGGUGCACUUGGCUCUGGCUGGUCACAUUUCAAACCACAAAUUGAAAAGCUACCUGAGCUGCUACCAAAUCAUACAAUAAUUGCAUGGGAUCCGCCCGGUUACGGAAAGUCGGUACCGCCAAAACGACGCUUUGAUCUCGACUUUUUACAAAACGAUGCACGUUGUGCUGUAGAGCUGAUGCAUACUUUAGGAAGACCCAAAUUUUCUGUAUUAGGAUGGAGUAAUGGCGGCGUAACUGCCAUCAUUGUGGCGGGUCGUUUUGUCGAAUGUGUCGAAAAAUUAGUUAUAUGGGGUGCGGGUGCUUAUUUGAAUGCUGAAGACGAAAAAACAAUGCUUUUGCGCGAUGUGCAGAAAUGGUCACAACGGAAUCGUGAAGCAAUGGAGAAAGUAUACGGUGUUCCAAAAGUCUGGUCUGCGUUGACUGAUGCUCUGUUUGCAAUUUAUAAAGAUCGUAAAGGAGGUUAUUGUUGCACAGAAGUAAACCAAAUAAAAGCGCCAACUUUUAUAUUGCAUGGCAAAAAAGAUCCAAUGAUUGCCGCCGAGCACAUAUCAUAUCUAAGGGAACGUAUAAAAGAUUGCAAAUAUUAUGAAUUCCCCGAAGGCAAACAUAAUAUUCAUCUACGUUAUGCAGACGAGUUCAAUAAAUUGGUAGCGGAUUUCUUAACGCAAAAGCCCUAACAUCGUACUGAAAGCAAAACAAUUUGAUAUACAGGGUUUGUCCGUAAAGUAAUAGUAAUAAUACUGAGUUGAAAUAGGCUCCUUCUGCGUCGAUGCAGCGCUGCCAGCGCGAUUUCCAAGCAUUGAAGGCAUCACGGAAGGCAUUCUCUGGAAUAAAUUUGAGAGCUGAGGCACAUGCUGCUUGGAUCCCCUCUCUCGUCUCAAAAUGCUCGGAAGAUUGCCUCUUUGUCUCGGGAUCAUACUAAAAGAUCCAUGACUCGUCACCUGUGAUUACGUUAUUCAAAAAUUGGGGGUCCCUUCCACACAUGUUCAAAUUUUCUUAGCUCACUGCCACUCGCCGCAAUUUCGCGUCGUCAGUGAGCACUUUUUGAACCAUCUUCGCGCACAUCUUGCACUUGUUCAAGUGCUCCGUCACAAUGUCAUGAACCACAAAAUUUUAUAAAUUUAACAUCUGUACAAUUAAACGAAUACUUAGUCGACGGUCUUAGUUUUUUUUUUUUUAUAGAAGGAAGCAUCGAAAAACGGAGUGCGGGACUUUAAUCCGCUAAACCCAACCUACUCCCACCUUAUGUCUCUCCCACGGGAUCACUGGACAAAGUAUUACUUCAUGGGAGAGAAGAAGACGUUUAAGUCUCCUCUAUUGCACGGACUGACUGACGCCUAAUCUGUUCUAAUUGUCUCAAUUUUGUCAUAAUUUGAUUUGCCACUUCACUGACAGCUUUCCACUUUACAGAUGACUCGCACAUAAGUACUGUCAAAUUUUCCACCGUGAUACUACCUCCAAGGGUGGUUUCAGCUUUUCCCUUUUGCUUGAAAACCGAGGACAAUAAAAGAACACGUGUUCAGAGUCUUUUCUACACUCUGAACACGUCGGACAGUAUGGACUAAAGUCUUGACUAUAUUUGCAAAGGUAGCUUCUGAAGCAACCAUGCCCACUGAGUAUUUGGGUAAGAUGGAAAUCAAGAUCCCCAUGUUGUCUACCUAUCCACGAGUGUAUGUCCGAAAUCAGUCGGUAGGUCCACCGUCCUUUGCAUGAAGAUUGCCACCGUUGCUGCCACAUUGCAAUGCUUUUAUUUCUCUCUUAUCUUUUUGCUGUGGUAGACGUCUCUGAUAAAUUAUAUAUUCGCGCGAAUUCGUCUCACUGGAUGUCGACGGUCUAAGUUCAAACCUUUGUGCACACGAGUCACAUUGUCGGUGUUUGUUGAAGUCACAGGUCUCCCAGCACGGUCUUCAUCAGCGACCUCUUUCCCGCCCUACAAAAGGGCCGGGUGCCACCAAACCACAAUUCUUCUUGCUAAAGCAACAUCUGGGUAAGCCAGCUUGAUCAUAUCAAACGUCUCUGCCGCAGAUUUACCGAGUUUCACACAGAAUUAAAUCGUGUACCUCUGCUCUAACAAACGCUGCAUUUUCGGCUUGCACGUCGCGGCGGAAGAAAAUAAGUCCUAUUACUUUCCGGACAAACCCUGUACGUAUAUAUAUGUAUGUAUAUCCUCGAUGACCUUUUGAUAAUCCCGCAGUCAGCAGAACCGAUUGUGGUAAUGUGUUGUUUAAAUGUUAAUUCGUCUUAAGUGAAAAGUAAAAGUUUUUUACUAUUUAUAUAUUUGAUAUAUAUUUAUAAACACAUGUAUAUAUAUAUAAAUAAAAUAUAUAAAAUAUCUGUUAUAA